ACAAAUAAUACACAGGAUCUCUUGAUAAGGAUUUCAGUCAUCUGAACUCUAUGACCUAUUGAAUGACUUUUGCAUUGCUAUUUAUCUCCAGUUUAAUAAAAAAUGCUGUAAUGGCAUAUUAUCCCGCCUGAGAAACACGCCAAAGCUGGGUGUGAUUUUCAGGUUGCUCAAAGCACAAAUCAAAAAGGCAAUGUGAACAUGAAAUAUGGGCUUGUAACAAAUAGGGCCGCCAUCUUUUCCUUGUUCCUUUUUUAUCAUGUGGGAUCGCAGCGAUCGUGUUUUACCUACCAUUGCUGUCACUGCAGCAGGAAUCGCAAUCGGCGCUUAUUUAUAUUCUCGGCAGAAAGCUAAAGACGAUGGCUUCAAAAAAAUACCCACGCCACCAGGGCAGUUGCCUUAUGUUGGUCAUUUGCUGUCGUUGGGUGACAUGCCACCCUAUCGAAUCACAGAGUGGCAGCAGGAGCUAGGGCCCAUGAUUCAGUUGAAUAUGGGUGUUCAAACCUGGAUUAUGAUCAGUGACCCGAUUAUUGCCCACGAGAUUUUCGUCACAAGAGGCAGUAUAACUUCCGGGCGCACCACCGGCAAUUUUGGAUACGAUAUCUAUGGCCUUGGCGGCCGAGGCGUGGUUUUCGCGGACUACAGUCGCAAAUGGAAAAAUGCACGAACUACAGUACUUUCAAUUCUCGGUCCUUCCAUGGUCGAUGAAUACAACCAUUUGCUGUUAAACGAUGCUGAUCGAUUGGUGAUGUCGUUCCUGAAAGCCACAGAACAGAAAGGCAGCGUCUCUCCUGGCGAAUUGUUCCAUUUGGCUUCUAUGAACGCUAUUCUGAAGCUCGUUCUCGCAAAACAUGUCGAGUCCACGGAAGAUAUUCUCUUCAAGCAAAUUUAUAACCUUGUGGAUGAAGGAAUGAAAUACGCUGGCGCUUUUGGAUACAUCGGUGGAUUCUUACCAGCGUUAUCAUGGAUUGAUGUAUUGACACAAAAAGGCAGACAAAUGCGCCAUUUCGUAAAAGAGAAGCGCGAUAAGAUAUACAAGGCAUUGAUCAAGGACGCCAUAGAAGGUGACAUUCCCUGCCUCGCCAAACAGUUUUACGCAUUGAAAGAACAACAGGAACUCGAUGACGACGACAUCCUUGUCACUAUCAGUGAUCUGGUAGCAGCUGGUACAGACACCAUUGCUGUCACAUUGACGUGGGCGAUUGCUAUUUUGGUGCAUCAUCCCGAGGUUCAGCAAAAUAUUUGCCAAGAAUUGGAUGGUUUUAUCAAAGCCCACAGUCGAUUACCUAAAUUCACAGAACGCGAUGCCCUGCCGUACUUUAUUGCGGUCCAAAAAGAAUGCAUGCGCUAUCGACCCUCUGUGCCUUUUAGCGUUCCUCAUCGUGCCACAGAAGACUUCGAAUACCGAGGUUAUCUGAUCCGCAAAGAUGCGAUUUUGAUAUCUACGAUGCAUGGUAUGCAUCUUAAUCCGGAUAUCUACCCUCAACCGGAAAUGUUUAUUCCCGAACGGUUCUUGUCGAAUACCAAGACUAUGAUGGCUUCCGCUAAUGGAACUAUUUAUCAACGUGACCAUUAUAAUUUCGGAUGGGGAAGGCGUAUAUGUCCUGGUAUUUAUUUGGCCGAGACGGAAUGCUUCAGCGUUCUCGUUCGAAUCUUUGCUCAAUGCACAAUUGCCCCACAUAUCAGUACUGAUGGACCAGUGUACCCUGAUCUAAACGGGGCAAAGGACGGUGGUGCCGUUUUCUUGCCACCAUCUUACCGUGUCCGAUUUAUAAAAAGAAACAAGGACGGACAACUAUCAGCAUAAUCUGUCGGUUGCAUGUCUGACAAAUAUCCUCUUUUGAAAACCUAGGAAAAUUAUGUAUUUAACGAGUUUCAAAUAAAGUAGUGCAACCCAAUAAUUGCUUUCAUUACAUAAGGUUAGUUUCUAUCACCUAUACAUUAGUGAAUUGUUUUCUCGUCCCAGUCUUUUUCGCCGUUUUCACGAUGACUUGGUAAAUCUAACAUACAAGCCUUCCGAUUAUUAAUGCUUCCAAUACCUGAUGAUGAAGCUAGUGAACAUGUGGGACAUGAAUGAUGCUACAAGUGACUUUAUGUUUUUUAUCCUGUUGUGAAACUAUCUUAUAAUGCUGC